CUACCGAAAGUACAUCGGCCUCCAUUUCCGGUUCCGGUUAGUUCACCGUGUUUUGUUGUGUACCUCUGUCUCUGUACCUUUUCACUGUCUGUAAUGUACAGAGCACCGGUAAAUCCUCAGCGGAGUCCCGGAGCUCCGCGGCCGGCUGGAAGGUUUCCUUCCCCGGCCUCCUGCUGGAGUUUUCCCGGGGCUCGCUCCCCAUACGGAGGCUCCGGUCACCGCGGAGGAUCUCCCCGCGGCUGCCCCGCCUUCUCCCCGGGCUCUCCGGUCUACUCCCCGGGAUCUAACCGGGGGUACAGGGAUGGUUCUCCGGCCGGGUUCGGCAGCGGGUCCCGAGGAUUCGGAGGACAGUCCCGGCACAGAGGGAGCGGUUUCCGGAGACCUCCUUCCUUCAGUCCCGGCUCAGCUCACAGCUCCCAGAAACCUUCGGACUCGUCAGUGCAGAGAUAUUUCAGUCCAUCCAUGUUGGAGGAUCCGUGGUCGUCUCUGCUGCCCAUCACUGCUGCUCAACAACUACAACCUGACAGGAAACAACACAACAACAAACAAUAACAACAACAAACAGACGGACAGGAAGCUGUGUCGACAGGAAACCGGAAACAACAGGAACAAUGUGAUCAAUGUCACACAACAACAACAAUCAGGUUCAGCAACAGUAAACAACCUUCUGAGCGUGCUCAGUCACCAGCAGCCUCUCACUGAAGUCAGGGAUCAAACUUUUGUACACGAUGAUGAUGAUGAUGAUGGUGAUGGUGAUGAUGAUGGAGAUGAUGAUGAUGAUGAUGGUGAUGUUUUUAACAAAACAUUUUUACACUAAAUUAGAUAUUUUUUUUAUUUUCAGACUUUGUAAAAAAAAAGUUUGUUUUAUUUUUUCAAGUUAAAAAAAAUCUUAAGUUUUUUUUUAAUCUCUUGAGCUUAUCGUCAUCACCUGAUGCUCAGGUGAGCUCACACUGAUCAGUUAAUAAAUGAUUUCCAUUGCAAGGCUCAAAGUGUAAACUAAGAGAAGACUGAAGAUUAUGCAGUCAUCAACAAUCCCUUAAAUUUACCGUUGAAUUAACCCUGAAAACAUAAAUGUCUUAACAACAUCAGUGUUCAUUCAAUUUACUCUUUUAAUUUGAAAAAACAAAUUAUCCCUUAAAAAGACCUUAAUUUGAAAGUCUGUGAAUGAAGUUUAUUUUAAGGGCUUCAUGACUUCCCUUAAUUUCCCCUUAAACCCCACGAAGAUGAAAUAUCUUUGUAUUUAAGGAAACACACUCACCCUCUGGGUGUGUGAAGGGUUAAGAUAAGGGUUGAGGUAAGGGUUAAUCAGAGUUAAAUUAAUGGGAAACAUUAUAUUAAGGGUUUUUUAUGGAUUAUUGUCAUUAUUUAAAGGGUUUUAUAAACAAAGAAAAACCGAUGAGUUCAUGAUGUUUGAUUUCAGACUCAAAAGACCGUGACUUUCAGCAGAUUGUGUUUGUUCUCAUCAACAGGUGUCCCUAAUAAACUGGAUGUUUAUCACAGA